GCGUCUCCGCCGCCAGUCGACGCCGACGACGACGGCCACCCAGACACGUCACGAGCACCAACUCUCCUAACUGACGAUAUACCGGCAAACCCGACGCUACAGUGCUCUAUUGCCGCGUUCACACGUUCACCCGACAAAAACGGACACCCUAACAAACCCCCCGAGUGACGUUUGAUCUUACCUGACCGCGCGAGAAAAAGAAAAACGGGAAAAAACGGCGAAUUUUUCCACUGUUUUGUUUUUGCCGCACGCGUUUCCCACCAGACGUGCGUCCGUGCUUGAAUCAUCCGAAGAUGCCGGUUUACGAUAAUACCGUAACGCCGUGCGGUUCGCUAUGAGUGUACCGGAGAUGUUUUCGUAAGGUUUUUCACCCUUAGUUUCGCGUGUGAUCGCGUUGUUUUGUUGUUGUUUGUUUGUUGUUCUUGUGAUAUCUCUCUCUGUAUUAGUAUUAUUUAUCGCUCACUCGGCAACAAUGGAUAUUCUGCCGAGCGUGGACAUCUUCAAGGAGCUGCAGGACAUCCACGACACGGGGUUUUUCACCGCGAAACCCAGCCUGGACGACCACUGGCAACAGACUUGUUAUGAAAUGGAGCGUUACCUCAAGGACGAGCCCAAAAUCCCAUCGUACAAAAAACUACCGGAAAACUCCAUGUGCAGCUGGUACGAAGUGGCAACGCUGCAGGACUUCGGCGACCAUCCGCUGGACACCCUUAGUAGCGCCAGCUCACCCAUGUCAUGGGACGGAUCGCUGAGCUGCGCCGUUCUGGUCAAACAAGAGCCUAUUGAUGAUGAGGAGGAAGAGGAUGAUGAUGCGUAUCACCAGAAUGGAAAUACGUUGCAAUUGAGACUUGUUACGAGGAAUUCGACAACCUUGACGCCACCUUCAAGUCCGGAAUCUGGACCUGGUCAUAGUAAUAGUAGUUCAAGUACGGGUGACCUGGACGUCUGCAACCUGCGCUUGACAGGUAGCCAUACCAGGAACACCAUAGUUAGGGUACGGGCCUCUGGACUGACCAGAUUUGUUUCCAUGGUACCGAGAGGCUCGGGUACCGCUACCAAUUCCACAACUGCAUCCGCGAAAUCUAGGUUAGAUCAUUCCCCCGAUUCCAAAAGAAAAAUACACAAGUGCCAAUUCUUGGACUGCAAAAAGGUCUACACGAAAAGUUCUCACCUGAAGGCUCACCAAAGGACUCAUACGGGUGAAAAGCCGUACAACUGCUCGUGGGAAGGCUGCGAAUGGCGCUUCGCCCGGAGCGACGAACUGACCAGACACUACCGCAAGCAUACCGGCGCCAAACCGUUCAAGUGCCGCCACUGCGAGCGCUGCUUCAGCCGGUCCGACCACCUGGCGCUACACAUGAAGCGCCACGCCUCGGGGUGACCGUGUUAAAGGCGGCCACUUAAAGGGCGACCCCGUCACCCGCCGUGACCGAUCACCGUAAUACCAAAGACGCCGCCAAAACUUGGGAGAGAGAGGCAAAAAACGAGUAAGGCUUUUUUAACAUAAAAGGGCGACCGUGCUAAAAAAAGGGCGGCUAUGUUAAAUUUUAGAAAAAAGGGCGACUUUGUCAAAAUUAAAGGGCGGCUGUGUUAAAAUUAUGAUAUUUUUCGAUAUUACAUUUACCCGAAGGAAAAAAAUGCGGUUUUGUUGAAAAAAAAAGGAGAAUAGAGAUUGUAUGCCGCUCCCAAGUGCCAAAAACGAUCGGAAGAUGUGAGUCGGUCGCGGUAUGACGGGCGACCCAGUUAAGAGGCGGUCUUCUAUAGGUCAGGGUGGUUAUUUCGACCCCCUCCACUGCCAGUUACCGCUAAUAUAAUGUAAAUAUACAGAGUAAGAUAGAAAAUACAUGUCACGAGAUACGGGGCGGGCUUCCGAGACAAAGUAUUAACUUUUGUACACGUUUUUUCCGUUUUUAGGACUAGUUCUAAGGACACCGGUCUUUCUGGCCCGACCCGUAUACCGACUAAUAUAAUUUUUCUUCGUUGGUUCUUUUAGUUAUUUGACAGAUUAAUUUAAUUUUAAUUAAAAAAAACGUAGGUAAGGAGGUUAAGUAACGUUAGGAAAAUAUUGUAGAAGAGCUAGGGGAAUAUAACAGAACAUUUUUUUACUAUCUUUUGGAAAAGUGUUUUUGUUCAUACUCUAGCUCCUGAAAUAAUGUUCAAACCUGUGAUUAUAGCGUGGAAGCAGUACAGAGAGCUAUACAUCUUCAUAGAAAGGUAUAUAGGUAGUUCUCAGCUGUUGACACACAUCGUUUAGAUGCUGCGAAAAAACACGCAAAAAAACAUAUACAGGGCGUUUUACGAUAAGUAAUUUUUCGUGUUUUUUUCCUUAAUUUCGUAUACCGGGUGGAAAAAACUAAGAAAUCGAUUGAUAUUUAAAGUAAUAUACGGGGUUUUGAGACUGGUUUUUGUUAUAGUAACAUAUCCAAAUUAAAUUAAAAAAGAGGUUUUUUGCCUUUCGAAGUUCUCCAACCGGUAUAUCACACGUUAUGGUAUAAUGUAAAGAUCGCCAUAUUUGAUUUUUCGUAUAAACUACUAGGAAAUGGAUGAAAGUUAUUGAGAUAUAGUGCUAGAUAGAAUGAUUUUUUUAUUUUUUAUUAUGAAAUGUCUCAACACGCUGCUUCUUAUAGCUAACUAACAUUGCUUUUGUUGCUUUUCGUCGUUUUUUUUUUUAUUUUUCGAAGAAAUUUCUUCUACAUAUCCACUACAGAUGAAGAAAAUUAAUUUGUGCAAUAUACAGUGCGUAUUCGAAAAGUAAUAGAACCUAAACAGGGCAUAAAUUCAUAUUUGGGUGGUAUUAACAUUGAUCUAUUUAGUGGAUCACACAUAACUAUACAGGGUGAGUUUUAAUUAAGUGCAAAUAUUUUUAGGGAUGGUAUAUUUUGAAAAAAAAACGAUGUUGCAAAUCGUGCAUUUUCUUUUAAAUUUUCCUGUAUAUUUUAGAAAACUUUUUAGAACUGCUGCAAACUUUCCCAUGUUAUAAUUUCUUAAUCUCUGAUAUUACCAUCAUGGUUACGCCACUGAAAGGGAUGCAAAUGCAGAAAAAAAUCCUGUGGCUCUCAAGUUUUUUUUAAAAAUAAAUUAUUUUUUUUAAAUUUUGAAACAUGAAUAACUCGGUUAUUUUGGACUUAUUUGAAAAACGGUAAAGAGAAAAUAUAUUUCUUUUAUCGAGAUCUACCAACUCUGAAAAUACGUGCCCUUAUUUAGAACUCACUCUAAAUAUUUAACAUAUGAAAAAUUACUAAAAAAAGUACAGCAAAAUUUUGAUAUUGUAUUGGUGAUCUGUAAGAAAAUCUAUAAGAAAAAUUAUAUUUGAGAAAUCCACCAUAUUAUUUUGGGCAUUAAAAUUAUUUUAUAUUUUUUCAAAGUACAACGGAUGAUAGUAUCCUUAAAUAUAAUUGAAUUUAGAUAAAUUAAGAAUCUAUAUAGAUUAUAGCAUUAUAUUUAUCAAGAUAUUUAUUGUUUACCAGUUAAAAACUAAUUUAUAUUUUAUUUAGCUAAACAAAAUAUUAAUAAUUAUUAAGGGACUUUUAGCUUAAGCUUAAUAACAUUAAAUAAUUAUAUUAGGUUAGGUAAUAAGUUUUUUGUUGAACAAAAAUAAAAUAGAGAGAGAUAUAUAGAGAUAUUUUAUUGAUUUUGUUAUGUUUUUUGGAUGAGUUUAUAUGAUGAGAUGAGGAUGAGAUAUGUAUAGAUAUGCUUUACGUUGACUGUUAUCGAGAUAUAUCGUGUAGGACUAAAAAAAGUUUGCAAGGAAUUUAAAUAUGGCGAUCUGAACUUAGGAUUUAGCCUGGUUAGUUUUAGGAAUUGGUAGAUUUUAGCAUUCUAGCUAGUACAUUUGUGUCAAAAGUAUUAAAAACUAAUAAAGACUGUGCAUAUAUAGGGCUGGCGAAAAACAGCGCCAUAAUUUCGAUAUUUUUUUUUAAGGAUAAUUUUACCUAACUAAGAUAUCCCUGUUUUUUUUUCUAAAAAAAAAGGAAAAAUAUAGGGGUAUUUUAAUGAAAAGUUCGGCAAAAGUAUUAAGGAAAAUGAACUAAAUAAGUAGAUUUAUUUAAAAGAAAUAAUAGAAACGUAUUCUUUUUAAGAAAGUGACCUUUGAGAGAAUCAAGAAAAUUUCAAAAUGCAACGACUUAGGUAUUGUACAGGUGCAAUUUUUCUAUUAAUACACAACCGAAAAUUCAAACCUUUUUGCAUUUAUAGCCUUUUUUAAUACAUAUACAGGGGUUUUCAGGUGUAACUUGGUCAUUAAAAGUUUUUUUUAAACUAACUUUGGUAAAAAAUUGAUCUUUCGAGUUAGAGUUAUUUCCAAAUCAUGAAAAAAUGGGCGUUUACAUUAAAAAAAACCGACGAAGUAGGGAAAAUCAUUUUCUAAAAUAGAAGAAACAUAAAUGUCUGAAAAAUAUGCAUAAACUACAGGGUUAUUCACCUUAUUGUGAGUGAUGGGAUCAUUAGAGGACUACUAAAGCUAUAAUUUAAAAUUAUUUUCAAAAGAUACAGAGUGUCUUCCAUGGGUAUAUUAAUAAAUGAGGUGCUAAAUUAUUAAAAAAUGCACAUUUUCUACGAAAACUUGAAGAGAUAGGAAAAAAAUAUACCAUGUAUUCCACAAUUUGAUAUACAAUUAAAUUGUGCAUCUGAAUACAGGGUGUUCCAUUUAAAUUAAAAAAGUUAUUGCCGUUUAAAGCUAGUAAUUAUUUAAUAAAAAUUUUUAGCCACUGUGU